UUUAAACCACUAUCCAAUCCAGAAGUUCAGUCAGUCAUAUAAACAGGAAACAGCACGCAGGCGGGCUGUAGCACAGAAGAGUGUUUCAACUCAGAGGGACUCAUUGGGGCGUCCAGGGGAGUGAAGUCUGACGGGUCGCAGCCAGAGGAGAGUCUCGCCGCGGGCAGGACGGUACGUGCCCGCGCUGGGUCCCGCAGCUCCUCACCCUCCCCAGACCCCAGCCAGACGCCAGGCCCUGCACGCUGCCUCUCGCGUUCCUCGCCACGGUUCCUGGACUCUUCCCUCAGCCCGGGCGGGGGAUGCCCACCGGGGGCCAGGGGAGGGGUGGGCCUUCUGGCUGGUGACUCAGCCCUAUAGAUCUCUUAUCUGCGGUUUACUCCUGGGCCCCAGGCGGUGGGGGGGUGUGUGGGGUGUGGGGUGGGGUGUGUGUGUGUGUGUGUGUGUGUGUGUGUGUGUGUGUGUGUGUGUGUGUGUGUGUGUGUGUGUGUGUGGUGUGUGUGUGUGUGUGGUGUGUGUGUGUGGUGUGUGUGUGUGGUGUGUGUGUGUGUGUGGUGUGUGUGUGUGUGUGUGUGUGUGUGUGUGUGUGUGUGUGUGUGUAGUGCCCCCGCCCCCGCUCGCCUCCGCCCCGGAUUCUCGGGGGGUUAGCUUUACUCUUACGGGAUCCCAGGUGCGGCCCCUGCGCAGGAUCGCCUAGACCCACAGUAACUGGUCCCCAAUGCUGAAGCCCCAGAGAGAGGACUGAAAGAGGGCCGCAAGCUUUGGUGGCAAGUCCCCAGCGUCCUGUAAAUGUUGCUUAAGAAUAUCCUGAGAGUUGCUCAAUUCCGGGGUUGACCUGUUCAAAAGAUUUGGCAGUUUUCCUUUGCAGAGUUGAUGAGAACUUCGUGUGCAGUAGUCUGUGUCUUGGCGGAAGCAACCGGCCAGGCAGGAAUUUUUACUCUCUUGCAAUAUGCUGUUGAAGUAGGUUCGGGCGCUAUUUCUUAAAGCAGGGUAACGUGUAUUUUGACAAAUUGCAAGGAGAGCUUACCUUGGGAAAGUUUGGAAUGAUUUUUGUAAAGUCGUGAAAUAAGCUUUUCCCCCUUCUAUUCCUUUUCCCCUUCAAAGGGACUGGGGAAAGUAAAAUUAUUUUACAUUCUUGCUCGGUGGUCUUUGGUGGGCAGGGUAUGUUCUUUUCAAAUAUUAAGAGUGUAAUGCAAUAGAACAAAGGCCAUUGAAAUUCAAAAGAAGUUUUUGGCUCAGGGUAACAGGAAGUUCAAGGACGUAAAAGCUCUCUGGAGUAUUUUCAGUUGUUGACAGUUGAAAUUUGUUUACAAAAGGCGAGGAGGUGCCAAUGGGGAGCCUGUUAGCUACCGACAAACCAUGAUAAUCUAAAACUAAGACCGGGCUACGGUGGGCUUGACCUGCUUUAGGUAAGAGAUUUCAGAUAAGAGAAACGGAAAUUUUUGGUAAUUUUCCUCUGGUGAUUCCCCUAAAUAAUUUUUAAAAAGUUUCACUGGGAGAAGCAAAACAAAACAAAACAAAACAAAAAACAAAAAACCUGGCCCAACUCCAAAAUUAAAAAAAAAAAAAAAGAAGACUCGGGUUUGAAAGGGAUUUUCGAAUGUGUUUGUCAUACAUAAGCUGCAUUUUAAAAAAUAACACUAGUUUUACUUGUAGCUUCUGGGUUGGAUGUCCUGAUUAAAAUGGUUUUUCCUAACGACUUCAUGUUUUACAUUUGUAACUGACUUCAGCGCUUCCAGCUUUCGUAGGUGAAUCCGGCUCCAGGUCCGCAGGGGCUGGGUGUCCUUGACCCCUGCCCCCUACCCUCUGGGAGUCUUGCGCUACUGGGGUGUUGGGAGGGUAGUCGCGGGCAGUUUUUUGAGCUGUGUCAGGGGACCUAUCGGCAGCUGAAGCGGAAGUAGGUUUGAUCUCUGCGGCGCCCGAGGGUCCACAGUCCGGCUUUCAGUGGAGCAAAUAUACUCAGCGGCCACGCCCAUGGGGUCAAGGCCUGCAGCACGUAAUUGCCACCCAGCGCCAUGUGGGCUGUUUGCCCCAACGAGGGUGAGUUUACUAUCUGAAGAGACACGCAUGUGCCCCUGUGGAGUUUUUAAGUUGUAGGGGCUGAGGCUUCUGGAGCACGAGGUUCUGUUUGGGCUGCACGCCCCUGGCAGGACGGAAGCGCAGAGAGGUUUCCAGCCUGCUUGCCUUGGAAGCUGCUUCGUGAUGCGUCCUAUGUUCUCCUCCAGUUCCUUGUUCGGUCCAGAGUAGUUCCAUCUCUGGUUUUCCGCUGCGUCAGGUCCAGUCGUGUCCAUCAAGGCUGGGCGGCGUUCCCGGCCGAGAUCCAGCAGGAAGAGCUGGCGGCUGCCCGGGCAAUCUCACAGAGUGGUUGGGGGAGACCGAGCAAAAUUACCUGCAAAGGUAACAUGGAUUCCAGGUAGCCUAGAAACGGGCCAACGACACCAUAGAAUGAGAGGAAGCCGGUUGGGCCAGAUUGGGAAACAGAUAUGUGUUUUUGAUUUACUUACUGUAUAUCAGUGAAGAUACUGAAGUACUCAUUAAUAUUUUCAUUGAUGGGGAACUCUGGAACUCUAGGGAAAUUAUGCUUCCUAACUCCUCCACUGGAAAGGAAUCUGAAAGAAAUGAAGAAAACCAUCAGAAAUGAAUUCAGUAGCCUCACGGCCUGUUGACUGGACUAGACUAUUCUUACUGCCGUUCCUUGGGUUGACACUGUACAGGAUGUCUGCGGAGGUCUUCCAUCAGGUCGAAGAAUCACUUGACGAAGAAGAGAAGGAGAUGCUUCUUUUUUUGUGCCGGGAUGUUGCUGCAAAUGUGGUACCACGUAAUGUCAGGGACCUUCUGGAUAUUUUAAGAGAGUCAGGAAAGCUGUCUUCUGUGAGCCUGGCUGAGCUGCUCUACAGAGUAAGGCGGUUUGACUUGCUCAAGAAGAUCCUGAAGAUGGACAGACAGGCAGUGGAGACCCUCCUGCUCAGGCACCCUCAUCUUAUUUCGGACUAUAGGGUGCUGAUGUUGGAGAUUGGUGAGGGUCUGGACAAAUCUGAUGUGUCCUCAUUAAUAUUCCUCAUGAGAGAUUAUAUGGGCCGAGGCAAGAUAGCCAAGGAUAAGAGUUUCUUGGAUCUUGUGAUUGAAUUGGAGAAACUAAAUCUGGUUGCUCCAGAUCAGUUGGAUUUAUUAGAAAAAUGCCUAAAGAACAUCCACAGAAUAGACCUGAAGACAAAAAUCCAGAAAUACAAGCAGUCUGCUCAAAGAGCAGAAACAAAUUAUGUAAAUGCUCUUCAGGCAUCUCUCCCAAACUUGAGUCUUAAGGAUACUUCAUAUAACCUAAGGCUCCAGAAUGGGAGGAGUAAAGAACACAGACUCCUGAUGGGACAACCUGACAUUAAAAGAGAACCAGUGAAGACAUCCAUUCAGGAAUCAGAAGCAUUUUUGCCUCAGCACACACCGGAAGAGAGAUACAGGAUGCAGAGCAAGCCCCUAGGAAUCUGCCUGAUAAUUGAUUGCGUUGGCAAUGACACAGGCAUUCUUCGGGACACCUUCACUUCCCUGGGCUAUGAAGUCCAGUCUUUCUUGUAUCUGAGUGUGGACGAUAUCAUCAAGGUUCUUCACAAGGUGGCCCGGAUGCCCCAGCACCAAGACUAUGACAGCUUUGUGUGUGUUCUGGUGAGCAGAGGGGGCUCCCAGAGCGUGUUUGGUGUGGAUGAGACUCACUCAGGAUUCCCUUUGGAUCAUAUCCGAAGGCUGUUCAUGGGAGAUGUAUGCCCCUCUCUCUUAGGGAAGCCAAAGAUCUUUUUUAUUCAGAACUAUGUGGUGUCAGAGGGUCAGCUGGAGGACAGCAGCUUCCUGGAGGUGGAUGGGCCAUCAGUGAAAGACGUAGAAUCCAAGGCCAGGCAGCCUGGGGCCUGCACCAUUCACCGAGAAGCUGACUUCUUCUGGAGCCUGUGCAAAGCGGACGUGUCCCUGCUCAAACGGCCCUCCAGCUCCUCGUCACUGUACCUGCAGUGCCUCUGUGAGAAACUGGGGAGAGAAAGAAAAUGCUCACUCCUGGAACUCCACAUAGAACUCAACAGCAAGGUGUAUGAUUGGAACAGCAGAGUGUCUGCUAAGAAGAGGUACUACGUCUGGCUGCAGCACACCCUGAGAAAGAAACUCAUCCUGUCUUGCACAUGAGAAGCCAAAGGCCCUCCUUAGCCCUGCAGUCUCCAUCACUAGCCAGGCAGUAGUUUGCAAGUAGGUGUGUGUAUACACGUAGGUGAGGUGAGGUCCUAGGUGGUGCUGAAAUGACCCUCUCUGAGGAAUGCUGGAUGGGAGAGGGUGUCUGAAGCAUGGCUUCUGAAGUGAAGGUGUUGGCCUGUACUGCUGACAUAGCUCUCCAGGUCAGCGUUUUUUGGGAAGGAAACAGCUUUGAAAUUUUAAAAACCAGGUACUGGUUGAAUUGGGCAUCUCAGGAUUGCAUUUUGCUUUUCAUCGUCACCACCAAGUAAAGCCACAGAAAUAAGCACUUAGGGUAGCGGCGCUGGAGGCUGUGUUCCGCAGGCGCUGAGGAGACGUGAGGAGGAGCGCGACCCCUGGCUGCGGCCGCCCCUGGUCUCUGCUGUCACCCAGGUUCUCCGAGCCUCGGGUGGGACCCGGCCAGCCGAGGCGCCGCGCUGCUGCCCGGACCGGUUCUCCCGGCAGCUCCCGGCGCCCAGGACCCUCUCCGGCCGCUCACCCGCAGCCCGCCGUCCGCGCAAGUCCCCGGAGCCAGGCCUAGGGCGGGCGGUGGCUCGGCGUGGCCGGGCUGGGCUCGGUGGCGUCCCCGUGGCCGCGGCCGGCUGGCGGGACGGCUCUGGCCAAGAGAAGCACCGGCUCGUGGUGGUCAGCGGGGGCGGCGUGGGCAAGUCGGCGCUCACCAUCCAGUUCAUCCAGUCCUAUUUUGUAACGGAUUAUGAUCCAACCAUUGAGGACUCCUACACAAAGCAGUACGUGAUUGAUGACCGGGCAGCCCGGCUAGAUAUUCUAAAUACAGCAGGACAAAAGGAGUUUGGAGUUAUGAGAGAACAGUAUAUGAGAACUGGAGAAGGUUUCCUGUUGGUCUUUUCAGUCACAGAUAGAGGCAGUUUUGAAGAACUCUGUAAGUUUCAAAGACAGAUUCUCAGAGUAAAGGAUCGUGAUGAGUUUCCAAUGACUUUAAUUGGUAAUAAUGCAGAUCUGGAUCAUCAAAGAUGGGUAACACAGGAAGAAGGACAGCAGUUAGCAUGACAGCUUAAGGUAACAUACAUGGAGGCAUCAGCAAAGAUUAGGAUGAAUGUAGAUCAAGCUUUCCAUGAACUUGUCCGGGUUAUAAGGAAAUUUCAAGACCAGGAAUGUCCUCCUUCACCAGAACCAACACGGAAAGAAAAAGACAAGAAAGGCUGCCAUUGUGUCAUUUUCUAAGAAUCCUUUGAAUUUUAGCUACCAACUGCCAGGAAAAGCCCUCGACUUCUCCUCUCCUUAACGGUUUAUGUCAUGCUGGUACCUUUCUAGCCUUAGACAAAUGAUUGCCAUGGUAGCCUUAGACCAAGAAGCUGGUUAAUCCUUUCCCUGAAGCUCAUCCUAUGGUCAUUUCAAGACAGAUUUAAAGGAAACACGAAGGCUGCUUCAAAGAUACAUGAUUCCUUUAAAAAAUAUAUCUAUAUACACAGACACAUUCUUUUUUAAGGGCUUUCUUUUAUUAGGGAUGAAUCAGUUUUGGAACCUAAGCUGUUCGCCAAGUUGGAGUCAGAUGUUCCCUACUGGAUUUUGGCUGUUCUAGCAAGUAGUCAGUGAUAAACCUUUUAAUUGACAAUUACUAUAACUAUGGAUGGCUUCUGUUUUUAAUUCUGUGGAUUGUGUUUAAACAAUUCAAAAAUAUGUUCCUAAUUUUGAGAUACUGAGUGGUAUUGCACAGUUGUCACUUUACUGAACAUGUACAACAGUCCCAUGAAGUCUACAAGGCUUACCCUUGUAUAGCUUCCGGUGCUAGAAUUAAAAUUGAUCUGUUAUCACAAAAAAAAAAAAAAAGGCAUUUAGAAUGCUUAUAGUCAUGAAGUUAAUAAGCCUCUAGGUAUCCAUACCCCAGGUGAAAAAGUAAAAUCAAAAGACAGAACAGUGAAAAGAGAACAUAGCAGAAAUGGAUGCCAUGCACAUAUCAACAAGGAGAUAGAUUAUCAUUAGGGUGAAAUCAGCCAAUAGAUAUGAAAGUGCUUUAAAACUGCUCCUUUCUAAUGCUCUGUGAGCUGCUUAGCAAGUGAUCCAAACAGGUUUGCAGCACUCUGGGUCAAACACUUCCCUUACCUCAGAACUGUUCGGCGGAUGAGCUGAAAGAACCUCUAUGAUCAUACCCAAUGAGAGUUUUUGUGACUGGUGAUGCCAUGUGAAUACAGCUUAUUCAUAUUAUUACAGCACACUAUGGAGUCCACAAUUUUGAAAAGAUUGAAUCAAGCCUUGAAAAUUGGUAGGAUUUUGGCACGUUGAGGUGGAGAUGAGAAUGUGUUGCAGGAGAAGAAAAAUGAAUCAAAUAAAGAGAGAUCAGGGAAAUGCAAGGAAUGUUUUAGAAACCUUGAGUGUAACUUUUAGCUGGCAUAGGGUGAGUGUGAGCACUGGUGAGUGAUAAGCCAGCAGGUGGCAGUGGUUGGAGUGCUGCCCUAAACCCCGUAUUUGUCUUUUAGUCAGCUCUUACGUAAAUUCUUUUGUAAGUUAUUUUUCUGACUUUAUUAUUUAUUUAUUUAUUUAUUAACUUUUUGAGUUUGGAAUGACUCAGCUGAUAGUUUUUAUUCAGAAUUUCUCAUGCAGUUUCAGUCCUUUCAAGACCCAGGUUUUUGUGUCAUCUCAAAGGCUUCCUAACUGUUAUGCUUGGGCUGGGAAGUCUUGAGCAGCUGGGAGCUGGAACAGUGGAUGUUCCUCAGGUGUCUGCCUCUUCUUUGUGUGUUUGCUUCAGCACAGCAGUUUCAGGGAAGAUUUUUCUCACUUUAAUAGCAGAAUUAACAAUGACUUCUUUGUCACUUUUGUAUAGAUUACUAAAUGUCUAUCUAAUUCUUUUUCAUUGAGUAUAGGUUUUAAAUGAAACAUUUUAGGCAUCCUAAAAGAGAAUUACAUUAGGUAACAAUAUAAUGAAUACUCAUGCACCCAUAGCUCAGUGUAAAUAAAAUUGUUUGUUCUAGCUCUGGGGAAAAUUUGAGUAUUUUGACAGGGGUUGCAUUGGAUCUGUAGAUUGCUUUGGGUACUCUGGCCAUUUUGAUAAUGUUGAUUCUUCCAAUCCAAGAGCACAAGAUAUCUUUCCAUUUCUUUGUAUCGUCUUCAAUAUUCACAGUUUUUGGAGUAUAGGUAACCUUCUUGGUUAAGUUUAUUUCUAGGUAUUUUGUUGUUUUUGAUGCAAUGGAAAUGUUUAUGCCAAUUAUAAAACUCUGGUUUUUGAAGUGAAAAGAAAAACAAAAGUGAAUGAAGGGCUGCAAAUGGCAAAAUAUCCUUCUUUCUUAUGGGUGACUUGUACUCUCUCUCUCUCUCUAUAUAUAUAUAGUAUCUUCUUUACUCAUUCAUCUAUUGAUGUGCAUUUGGGAUGCUUCCAUAUCUGGGCAAUUAUAAAGGAUGUUAUUGUUAAUAGCAAGGUAUAUGUAUCUUUUUGAAUUAAUUCUUAUUCUGUGCUUGCCUUUAUUCCUUUAAUAACCUUGUAAGUUUAAAAACCCAAGCUGUAUACGUUCUUAGAAACAAUGAACAGAACAUAUAUGUAAAUUUAAAAAGUAUAUUGUGUAUAUGUAUUUACAUAUAAUAUAUUUAUAUGCAGUCAAAUUGUAAGAAUUCUACUUAAUAAAACUGAAAAGUUAAAAAUAAAAAAUCAAAGGAGAAAUAACAAGAGUGUUCUAAAAUCUAUCUGAAGACUCUGAAGAUAUUACUUUAAGUAAUAAUCCUAAAUGUAAAAGAGAUAAAUGCAUUAAAAUAUUUCAAACUUUAUAAUAGCCCCAAAGUGAGAAUUAGUCAAGUGUUCAGUAAUAGGGGCAUGGUUAUGAUGAGAUGUUCACUGGUUGGAAUUUUAUGUAACCAGUAAAGUUCUAUAUGCAAAUAGUAAAAGCUUAUAUAAGCUGUUCUUAGCUCAUUAUGUGAAUUAUCUCAUUUAAUCCUCAAAAUAGCUCUAUGAGAUAGGUGUUACUGUCCUCAUGAUUAUUUCUUCCCAUUUAUAGAUGUGAAAAGUGAGCAAAGUGGUGUUAAGUAGCUUACCUGUGGUCACCCUACCCUAGAAUAUAAACUCAAGCCAUAAAGAAAGCCUUUUUUUUUCAAAAAUUAAAAUAAAAUUUUUAUUGAAGUUUAGUCAGUUUACAAUGUUGUGUCAAUUUCUGGUGUACAGCAUAAUAUUUCAGUCACACAUAUACAUACAUAUAUUCCUUUUCAGAUUCUUUUUCAUUAUGGGUUACUAGAAGAUACUGAAUAUAGUUCCCUGUGCUAUACAGAAGAAACUCAUUUAUUUAUUUUAUGUAUAGUAGUUUGUAUCUGCAAAUCUUGAACUCCCAAUGUAUCUCUUCCCAACCCUUUCCCACACCCCUUACCCAACUAUAAGUUUGUUUUCUAUGUCUGUGGGUCUGUUUCUGUUUUGUAAAUAAGUUCAUUUGUGUUUUUUUUUUUUAAGAUUCCACAUAUGAGUGAUAUCAUAUGGUAUUUUUCUGAGAACCUUUGUUUUUACAGUAAAUAUGCUUAAAGCAAAAGCAAACAAAAAGUCUCUCUCACAGGGAAAUAAAAGACCAGAAAGAAAUAUUCCAAAAGUGGUGUAUGGAUGACAGAACCAUGGCUGACAUGUUUUCCAAAUUCUCACCUAUAUAUCUAUAUAAUUGAGAAUGUUGGUUUCUAUAGUAAAGCCUAGCUAAUUAUUUCAACUUUCAACUAGUUGGUUCUCCACUGAUAAAGAAACAGCCCUCUCCUAUACUUCUUCAUCUCAUCUCUAGCCUUUCUUUUCAGUAGCAGGACCGUGGUCUCGGGGCUGCUUUUCUGGGCCACUUUGGGAGGACCGACUUGUCCACCCUAGGUCUACUGUAAUCCCCAGUCCCUUCCAACCUCUUCCAUGAACAGGCCAUGGGAGGAGUCACUUGCCACCUUCUUUUGUCUGCAGUAUUUGAAAUGGGAAUCUCUUCUCCCAGAUUCUAGGAGCAAGUUUUCAGGAUUAAGCAUGUUACUUAACGCCACUAAGAGGUCACAAUUUGAAGUUGGCCUUGGCAGUUUGAUGUGCGGCAGAUCCUGCUGCUGUCCCCAAAUAUCCAUCCCCUUUUUUCUUAGUAAUUGAAGUCUUGAUUUGGAACUGGGCACAAAGCCUCACAAAAUACAGUCUGGUUGUCCAAGACUCAAUUUAUAGCAAGAUGGUGAUCAUGUGUCUAAGUCCUGGAGAAUAAGAUGUAAACAUCAUUAUCAUUUGGCAGCUGCUGAGAACUUUACUUAAAAGGUAGCUGUUUUUUGACCUUUGCUUCUUUGUCCCUGUAUCUCACUGACUGAAAUACGCAUAUGAUGGCUGGAGCUCUAGUUGCCAUCCUGAACUGUGAGGAUAAGGGCCAUAUUGUGGAGAUAACCAGGUGGUGAAAAAGAAGGAGCCUUCUUGCGGGAGGGCACUAAGGAGCAAAGUCACCAGCCCUAGAUUGCCUACCUCUGGACUCACAUGUAAAAGAAAAAAUAUGGAGUUUGUUUUUCUUUUAUAGACUGAGUGGUACAUUGUUAUUUGAUUAAAAUGCUUUGACUGUUUAUGCAUACUGUAAGUUUAAAUUAAUUAGUCUAGAUGAUUAUUUUAAUUUUCUAGUGAUUGUUUAAAUAUGUAUGUAUUGUUAAAAAUGUCUUGUUAAAAUCUGAGCUGACCUGAGUGUUUAACAUGUAUGAUGCUCUCAUUUAUCUCCUUUAUUUUUUAUUAAAAAGUUUUUUAAAUACA